AUGAAGCUCUUGUAUACUGCACUUUUCCUUGGCCUUCUGCCGCAGGUUAUCGCCAACUCCAUUUUGGUCACUUAUCCCAAGAAUACUCCGGACUCAGUCAUCGAAGAGGCGAAGGAGUCUAUCAGAAAGGCUGGCGGAGUAAUCACCCAUGAAUACUCUUUGGUUAUCAAGGGAUUCUCUGCAAACGCUCCAGACGCGGCAAUCCAGCAGAUUUCGACACAGUCAGGGAUGUACAAACCUAUCAUUGAGCAGGACUUGCCCGUCUCUAUUUCAUAA